AUGCACGCCGCCCUGGCGGGGCCGCUGCUCGCCGCCCUCCUCGCCACCGCCCGCGCCCGCCCGCAGCCCCCGGACGGAGGACAGUGCCGGCCGCCCGGAUCGCAGACGGAGCUGAACUCCUUCCUGUGGACCAUUCGGCGCGAGCCCCCGGCCUACCUGUUCGGCACCAUCCACGUGCCGUACACCCGCGUGUGGGACUUCAUCCCGGACAACUCCAAGGCAGCCUUCCAGGCCAGCGCCCGCGUCUACUUCGAGCUGGACCUGACAGACCCCUACACUGUCUCGGCGCUGGCCAGCUGCCAGCUUCUCCCGCACGGCGAGAACCUGCAGGACGUGCUGCCGCAGGACCUCUACUGGCGCCUGAAGCGCCACCUGGACUACGUGAAGCUGAUGAUGCCCUCGUGGAUGACGCCAGCGCAGCGGGGCAAGGGGCUUUACGCCGACUACCUGUUCAACGCCAUCGCGGGCAACUGGGAGCGCAAGAGGCCCGUGUGGGUGAUGCUCAUGGUGAACUCGCUCACGGAGACGGACGUGCGCUCCCGAGGCGUGCCUGUGCUGGAUCUCUACCUGGCCCAGCAGGCCGAGAAGAUGAAGAAGAGCACCGGGGCCGUGGAGCGGGUGGAGGAGCAGUGCCACCCGCUUAAUGGGCUCAACUUCUCCCAGGUGCUGUUUGCCCUGAACCAGACUCUGCUGCAGCAUGAGAGCGUGCGGGCAGGGAGCCUGCAGGCGCCCUACACCACGGAGGACCUCAUCAAGCACUACAACUGCGGGGAUCUCAACGCUGUCAUCUUCAACCAUGACACAUCCCAGCUGCCCAGCUUCAUCAACACCACCCUCCCGCCGCACGAGCAGGUGACAGCACAGGAGAUCGACAGCUACUUCCGCCACGAGCUCAUCUACAAGAGGAAUGAGCGGAUGGGGAAGAGGGUCAUGGCUCUUCUGCAGGAGAACGAAGACAAGAUCUGCUUCUUUGCCUUCGGAGCAGGUCAUUUCCUGGGAAACAACACGGUCAUCGACGUCCUUCGGCAAGCAGGGCUGGAGGUGUUGCACACACCUGCGGGGCAGACCAUCCGCAGCCCCGCCGCCCGGAGCCCUGCGCCGCCCCCCGAGGGGACCUCGGCGAGCCCAGCCCCAGCCACCCCUGCCGCCGCCGCCGUCCCCGCAGCGCCCUCAGCCGCCCCCACCGCCCCGCCUGAGGAGGAAGACCCAGCCCUGUCCCCACACCUCCUGCUCCCCGACAGCCUCAGCCAGCUGGAGGAGUUUGGGCGGCAGAAAAAGUGGCACAAGAGGCAGAACAAGCAGCAGCGGCCACGGCAGUUCAAUGACCUGUGGGUCCGCCUCGAGGACAGCACGGCCGCCUCACCGCCCCCGCCGCCCCUGCAGCCUACGCACAGCUCCGGGACAGCAGGGCCCCCCUUGCAGCCCUCAGAGCGGCUUCAGCAGCGGGAAGAGCCAGGCCCCACCAGCAGCUCUGCGCCCUGCUGCCCACAGCCCGCCCUGGGCCCCCUCCCCGCCAUCCUGGCCAGCGUUGCAGCCCCCCUCCUGCGGCACGCCCUUGGGCCCUCCUGA